UUUUCAAAAUUUUGAUUACGACUGAAUGAGGAGGAAGAAGGGAAUCAUAUCGUUAAGUAAAGGAGUGAUCGCUGUUUGUUUUGCAUGGUUUAUUCAAAGAUCUUCGCCAAAGGCGCCAACAUGAAAAAGAAUGGCUGAUCCAGUGUAAAAGGUUUCAGAGAUGGUUCUGUCCAGAAAGUUAAAGACAUAACUACUAGUUCCAGCAUGGAAAAGCAAACUCGAUUAGGCCUUCAAAGCAACGACUUGGGGAACGAUGAUGAAAUCCAACUGUCGACUGAAGAAACAGCUAUGGGCGGAAACUGUUUGGUUAAUUGUCAAAGCAGUACAAUACCAGCCAAUCAGGUGAUGAAUGUAGAGUUUAAAAAACUCGCAGAAGAUACUUUGUGCAUCAAGAUUUCGGGUACAAAGUUGCUUAAAAUCGCCUCUGAAGGAAAAGGUUCAAAAGGACAGAACUCUGUGAAUGUUUAUAGCUCCUCAGAUGAAGAAGAGGAAUCCGCCUCAAAGAACCAAGAGAUCGGAACAAUAAGGAACAGAAGGUAUCAGAUUAAAAUCAUUUACUCUCUUCCGCUCGAAAUGCCAGUUGUAAAAAAACAAGGAUGUCUGAAUUCUUCAUGGUAUAUCUUUCUCAUAGCAGAGCUAAAGGAUCUACAAGAUAAAGGAGAUUUUGAAGGACAUGAGCAACGGAUACAAAAAGAAUUGGCUAAAAGGUCUGCUAAAAACACAGAUUUGCGAGCAAGUUUGCAGAUUGAGCGCGCAGUUGCACUGUACAUGCAAGGCAAUGUUAAAGAAGCCAAGAAAAUUGCAAAAGAAGUCUUGGACCUGGAGAAGCAAAUGGAAAACCCUGAAGUUCUGACAGCACGAGCUUUGAACCUUCUCACAUCGAUCUACAAAACUCAAACUAAAUUCGGAAAUGCGUGGAUAUGCGUGCAACAGGCUACAACAGCUCUCAAGUACCACGACUCGUCUGUCGAUAGAGCUGAGCUGCAUCAAAGCUAUGGGGGAUUGAUCAGCUCUCUGCUUGCUGUGGGACGUUGCGGCAUUUCCCUGAAGGACGAAGCCUACAACUCAUAUACAAUAGCACUGGACUGUGCAACUGAUCCUGUCGAUAUGGAGUACAUAAUUGUCAAGAUGGCAAAGUUAUUACUUGGAAGCGAUAAGCUCGUUAGCAAGGACGAUGUUAUACAAGCUAAGAAGCACCUUGACUUUAUUGAAGACGGACCAGAUGCCGAUAACAUGGCGGUGGGGACAAAAAUUAAUCUAGUUCUUUUGCGGUCCGAUCAGUUCCGUUUAGAAGGGAAUGUUGCCAUGGCAAUGGAGAAAGCGCUCGAAGCGCGCGCACUUAUCGAAAAAUAUGAUGGCUUUGAGCGUCAACUUGCUUCUGCUCAGAAGCGAAUUCAUCGCCUCUCCGAAAUUUUUACUCCAGAAUGCGGAUCAUCGAAAGGGGCCGUUGGCGAUGGAUCUAGCAGUGAUUGACUUGCUUAACACCCUUUACAUCCUGACAUCAGCAUGCAUAUUCACUAUACCGUUCUCUAUACAUUUCCUAACGUGCUGACAAGGAGAAUUUGUUGAACAAUCAAGAGCUUCUUUAGUUGAUAAUCAUUUCCUUCAUUCUCGUGACCUUAAUGUUUUAUUCAGAUGAGAUUCUUUAAAGAGAAAUGAGAUGGCAGUCUCUCCAAGGGGAAGAAGAGUUAAAGCGAGAGGCCUGAGAGCGAUAAGGAUUGGUUCCAUCCGCCCAAUGGUAACUUUAAAAUCCGUAGAUCGUGUAUUUCAUUUUUUAUGUUCACAAACGAACAUGUCAUCUUACACUUACGUUGAAUUCCCUUUUUUCGCUAUUAUGCUGUUAAAUGUGGCGCUAAAUGCAUGUAAAAAUUAACUACUGGGGUCGGCAAAGGCGAAUUUUUCACGAAUUCGUAAAAUUCAGCUCUAUUGAAGUGUUAAUUCUGACGUUUGAGUGACAUGGGAACGAAUUAGUCAGAAAUUAAUAUUCUGAUGGCACGUUGAAGAGGUUCGCAUAGCAUCAUGGAAGUUUCGGAUUAUUUAAUCGUUUCGCGGGAAAAUUAAGUCAUUCUAGGUCAGUACUAUGUUUAACCAUUUUCUUUUUUUUUUUCGUAUUGAUGUAAUUUUCGUUCUCCUAAUCCCUGUAAAAUAUCACUACAUAUAUUGAUAUUUCUUUGUGAUAAGCAGUGUAACCUGAUUAGUUUACCCUUUCCUCGAGGUAUUGUGCUGCUGCAUUAGAUGAGGAAUACGUUUCCACAUAUUUUUUGGCCGCUUCUGAAGGGUGGCUUUUUAGUGGUUUUUCGUAUCUGGCGUAACACAGGUUCUUUUGUAGAGCCCUUAGUUUUCAGCGUAUACAUGUUAAGAUCAAAAUAGGAUGCAUAUACUACAAGACUGGCUGACUCAUCCUAAAUAAACUUUUCACAUUGAAUAACUCGUCUGAGUGUGGUAAGAA